UAAUGUUGUUGAUAUCCUGGGGCCACCCGAGUUAAAGGGGGGAAAUCCGGGGGCUGCCGCAGCCGCCGCCGGUCUGGGCCCAACCGGGGCUCCCCUGUAGUCGCCGUAAUCCCAGGGAGAGGCGCCAGCCCCCAGCUCGGGGAGGGGGCGCCGCGGGCCCGGGGAGCACGGACAGCCCCUACCCAUGAGGCCCUGAUGGAAAACACAAAGGAUCUGAGUCGGAAGAGACGUUAGAGGUCACCCAAAGCAGCCGUCCCCUCUGCAGCCUCUCUGAAAAGUGACUGAACAAUUCUUCACAAUCCGAAAGGAAAAGAAGAGACUCAUUCGGGAUGUUUGACGGUUAUGAUAGCUGCAGUGAGGACACAAGUAGUAGCUCCAGCUCUGAAGAGAGUGAAGAAGAAGUUGCUCCUUUAGCUUCUAAUCUCCCAAUUAUCAAAAACAAUGGACAAGUCUACACAUACCCAGAUGGUAAAUCUGGCAUGGCUACCUGUGAAAUGUGUGGGAUGGUUGGCGUUCGAGAUGCUUUUUACUCUAAAACAAAGCGUUUCUGUAGCGUUUCGUGUUCAAGAAGUUACUCGUCAAACUCCAAGAAGGCAAGCAUUUUGGCCAGACUUCAGGGUAAGCCUCCAACAAAGAAAGCAAAAGUUCUUCAGAAACAACCUUUAGUUGCUAAACUAGCCGCAUAUGCUCAGUAUCAAGCUACCUUGCAAAAUCAAGCAAAGACUAAAGCAGCAGUUUCCAUGGAAGGUUUCAGCUGGGGUAACUACAUCAAUAGCAAUAGCUUUAUAGCAGCUCCAGUUACCUGCUUUAAACAUGCACCUAUGGGGACCUGCUGGGGUGAUAUCUCAGAAAAUGUGAGAGUAGAAGUUCCUAAUACAGACUGCAGCCUACCUACCAAAGUCUUCUGGAUUGCUGGAAUAGUAAAAUUAGCAGGUUAUAAUGCCCUUUUAAGAUAUGAAGGAUUUGAAAAUGACUCUGGUCUGGACUUCUGGUGCAAUAUAUGUGGUUCUGAUAUCCAUCCAGUUGGUUGGUGUGCAGCCAGUGGAAAACCUCUUGUCCCUCCUAGAACUAUUCAGCAUAAAUAUACAAACUGGAAAGCUUUUCUAGUGAAACGACUUACUGGUGCCAAAACUCUUCCUCCCGAUUUCUCACAAAAGGUUUCAGAGAGUAUGCAGUAUUCUUUCAAACCUUGCAUGAGAGUAGAAGUGGUUGACAAGAGACAUUUGUGUCGAACACGAGUAGCAGUGGUGGAAAGUGUAAUUGGAGGACGAUUAAGACUAGUCUAUGAAGAGAGCGAAGAUAGAACAGAUGACUUCUGGUGCCAUAUGCACAGCCCAUUAAUCCAUCAUAUUGGUUGGUCUCGAAGCAUAGGCCAUCGAUUCAAAAGAUCUGAUAUUACAAAGAAACAGGAUGGACAUUUUGAUACACCACCACAUUUAUUUGCUAAGGUAAAAGAAGUAGACCAGAGUGGGGAAUGGUUCAAGGAAGGAAUGAAAUUGGAAGCUAUAGACCCAUUAAAUCUUUCUACAAUAUGUGUUGCAACCAUUAGAAAGGUGCUGGCUGACGGAUUCCUAAUGAUUGGGAUCGAUGGCUCAGAAGCAGCAGAUGGAUCUGACUGGUUCUGUUAUCAUGCAACCUCCCCUUCUAUUUUCCCUGUUGGUUUCUGUGAAAUUAACAUGAUUGAACUUACUCCACCCAGAGGUUAUACAAAACUUCCUUUUAAAUGGUUUGACUACCUCAGGGAAACUGGCUCCAUUGCAGCACCAGUAAAACUAUUUAACAAGGAUGUUCCAAAUCAUGGAUUUCGUGUAGGAAUGAAAUUAGAAGCGGUAGAUCUCAUGGAGCCACGAUUAAUAUGUGUAGCCACAGUAACUCGAAUUAUUCAUCGUCUCUUGAGGAUACAUUUUGAUGGAUGGGAAGAAGAGUAUGAUCAGUGGGUAGACUGUGAGUCCCCUGACCUCUAUCCUGUAGGGUGGUGUCAAUUAACUGGAUAUCAACUACAGCCUCCAGCAUCACAGUCAUCAAGAGAAAGCCAAUCAGGUUCAUCAAAACAGAAGAAAAAGGCUAAGUCCCAGCAAUACAAAGGACAUAAGAAAAUGACUACAUUGCAGCUGAAGGAGGAGUUGAUAGAUGGAGAGGAUUAUAAUUUCCUCCAAGGAGCAUCUGAUCAGGAAAGCAAUGGUUCUGCCAACUUCUACAUCAAACAAGAGCCCUGACAUGGCUCAGAAACUGAGGGCGGGAGGGGAAGAAUUUUACACAGGACUGAUUUAUAGUCAAUCCAGCUGUACAGCGGGGCUAUUCUACUGGGACAUUUUGCUAAACAUAGAAAAUUUCAGUUCCAGAUUUUUCAGGUGGGUGGGGAAACUAUUUUAGUCGUGGGGGGAAAUUUUUCAAUUUAUAAAGAUGGACAAUUUUUGUGUUGUAUUUGAAGCUUUUGAAAGAAUUUUGUAAUAUUUUCCAAGUUUGGAUUUAUGUGCAUUGUUAACAAGAACUGAAAUUCUAACUUUUUUGGUAAGAUUAAAGUUUAGGUAGCAGGAUUGAAGGAAAUGAUUUGAGAAGGAUAUAGUUGUAAAUGCAAAUGAACUGUCAUUACAAAUGAACCUUUUUUGGUACUUGUUGAGAGAUUUGAGGAUUUUAGAAGUUAGGCCAGUCACAUCUCCAGCUUCCUUUGCUGCAGAAAUAUGCAACUGGACCCCCAUAUGGAGGGUUCAUCACCACAAAGAUCAUGGAAAGAGUGAUUAAUUCUGCUUGUUAGCAUUUUAUUGCAGACCAUUUUAAAUGUUUGUACAGAAUUGUUUUUCAUUCUGUGAAAAUUAGAGUUCUGUAUGAAACUGGAAGAACUCUGGAUACUUUUAUAUAUAAGUUCUCUUUUAAUUAAAAAAAUGGUUAAAAUUAUCUAACACUAAAGUGUUAAACUGGAAUGGUUGACAACAUAUACAGGAUAGGUCUACAUGUUGAGGGGUUGGGGGAAAUGCAAUAUUGUCCUAGGUUUAUUUUAUUUUCCUUACUAAAAAAUACCCCACAGAAGGAAUUCUGAUCAGUUCUCUGCCAUUUCCCUCCAUUUGUGAGAUAAUGUUUGGUAUAACCACACCCCAAAACAGAUGUUCUGUAUUACCAGAAGAAUCAAAAUUUGUGUAAAGCCAAAAUAAGUUUAGAUUUCACAAUCAUUCCAGCUCUGCUUUUAACUAUUCUGGAUUUUGUUAGAAAAAUAAUUUGAAAGAGAAUUGUCCUAAAAUUCCAUAUAUAUAUAUAUAUAUAUAUAUAUAUAUAUAGUAUGAAUUCUCUUUAAUGGUAUUCAGAAUUUAUUUUAAUAACUGAUUUGGACCAUUUUGAACAUUCCCUAUUUUGAAAUUCACAUGGCUUCCUUUAAAAAAGGAUGUAAGGGUAAAUUGGUGAAGUUUGCUCUCUGCAUUUUCUAACUUUCUGAGUUGUGACUGAAUGAGAGAGCUCUAGCGUUUACCAGUGAGGUUCAUAAACUAAACUCUCAGGAAUUAAUAGCAUCAGUUCUAGAAGUGCUUCUGGGUCUUAGCCUGACCUCUUCAGAGUGGUAAUAUUGACCAUCUCCUCUGGAAUAUAGGUAGGGCUAAUUAGAAAUUAAUCAAAAUGAUUAACCUCUACAGUCCUUCAGCCUAUGGAAUGCUUUAAAAUAUGUUAAUGGAAAGCCCCAGGAGACCAUUUUAGGUAAGAUUUUUGUUUGAAUUUUAAAAUGCGUAGAACGUUAAAAACCAGCAAUUUAUUUUCUAAAAUAUUGCUCUACUUUUGGGAAUAAUAGCAUUGGUAAUACGCACAGGUUUACCUCAUUCUAUGCAAGAGGGGUUAAUAACAUAAGGUUUUGUAGUUGCUACUGGAAGUAAAAUUUGUUAUUUUAUAGUGUAAGAAUGUAUGGAAUCGCAUGUCAACAUUUCUUAGUACUGACUCUUUAGGGGCAUAAAUGUAGAUCAUAUCAACGCCAAGUUGAUUUCUCAUGUGUCAAAUAUAUGUGAAUUCAGCUGUUAAAUUACUGGAUAUUUAUCUUAAACAAUAUUACUGAGAGGGACCUACUGUAAAUGUGACAUCCUCACACUUCCCAAAUCUUUAACUUUUAAGAAUCUUCCCGUAAACUUAAAACCUAGAAGACUUCCAAAGCAAGGGUCACAGCAGUCUUUAUUCUCAGGCUCAGUGAAUUAAACCCAAGACUGAUUCCAUUGACAUGGGCACUAGAAGCCAGUUGUAUGGCGUGCUCUACCAAUUCCUUGGGCUUAGGGGCUUGAUGAGGAACUGAAUAAACCAGGAGGGGUUUGAUUUGGAGCCUGGUAAUUAGUUCUGUGAAAUACUUAUUUGUAGCCAAGUUUUAUAAGCUUCCGAUUCUAGAGUAAAACCAGGCUCUGUGUAUUUUCAAGUUUCCCAGCUAUUCAUGAAGUGUUUGUCUUGAUCCCGUCACCAACAGUUAAAGGUUGGGCAGGACUUCCUACUAUCUGAACACAAUCUCAAGCCCUCUUCAUCAUUCAGACUCUUAACUCCUACUGCUGAUGAACGGUAAAUAAAUUAAUGCAGAGGAGAUUUAUGUCUCAGCCAUAACUCCAACUGUACAACUCAACAGCAGCCCCAUUCUCUUAUGGUUAUUCAAAAUGUACUGCUGACCUUGGGUUUGUUUUUGGUUUUUUUCCUGUUAGGGUUAUUUGGGUUUUUGUUUUUUGUUUUUUUGGUAGUUAAAAAUCUUUAACCUUUUCCUUGCUAUGUAUGAGGAAAGCUCAAGCUGUUAUCAACUUCUUAUUCUACGGAUACUAACACGGGUUUUCAGUGUUUGUUUGUUUUUAUUAUUAUUAAUUUUGCGUGAUGUGAAUACCCUCUCCCAUCAAUAUUUGUAUUAUGGUGCUAUAUAUUUGGUAAUGAUCCUUUACUAUUGGGAAGGGAUUUUAAAAAUACUGUGAUUAAACUGGGUUUCUUCCUUUGAUUUUCAUAUUUUAAAUAAAGCCACAGUCAUUUAUACAAAUGAAAAGCAUCUGUCCCUGGGCAAAUCUUUUGAGGACAGAGGUCAAAGUAAACUGCAUAAGGUUUUUACAUCAUUUCUGUAUGUAUUUGAUAUAUAGAUCAAUAUCUGUACAAAUUUAAUCUUUUAUUUUCUUGGUAACUUGUGAUCAUUGAGAAAGUCUUUGAAACUUUCUCAUGAAGUGUAUAUAAUGCGUGAAAAAUUCCUUUGGAGAAAUUUGUUCUUUUCAUUUUUACCAAACUGCAGAUUUUCAGCAUGGAUGUGAAAAGCAUUAAAAUUAUAACUUUGUGUACAAGAUGAAAGUAAUUCACUAAAUUUGCCUUUUUUUACACAAAAUAAAAUGUUAAAGUU